UACCUCCAGUUGUAGUUGUAAUAGAAGUGACUUCUCUCAGUUUUUUCUUUUUUAUCAGUAUAUAUAUAUAUAUGUAUAACUAGCUUUAUCUUUUUUUUUUUUUUGCUGUGAGUGAAAAGCUUGAAGUGAAUUUGCUUAAUUUGGUUUCCAAAAAUGGCUGGAAGGAAGAGAAGAAAGCUGAAAUCGUUGGCUGCAGCAGUGAUGGAUUCUAAAAGGGCGACAAUUAACAAUAUUAAAGACAAUUUGGAACUUCAGACUUGGUCUGACCUUCCUAUAGAACUUCUAGAACUGAUAUUUUGCCAUUUAACUUUAGAGGAUAACAUUCAUGCCUCUGUUGUCUGCAAGAGAUGGCACACAGCUGCAAUUUCUGUCAGAGUGGUAAACAAAUCACCCUGGCUUAUGUAUUUUCCAAAAUAUGGUAAUUUGUACGAGUUCUAUGAUCCAGCACAGCGCAAGACCUAUUCCCUUGAGUUACCAGAGCUGUAUUGGUCACGAAUCUGUUACACUAAAGAUGGUUGGUUGUUGCUAUACAGACCCAUAACACACCGUGUGUUCUUCUUUAAUCCAUUUACUAAGAAAAUGAUCAAACUGCCAAGAUUUGAAUUGACUUAUCAGAUAGUUGCCUUCUCUUCUUCACCAACAAAUGCAAGCUGUGUUGUUUUCACGGUUAAGCACAUCAGUCCCACAAUCGUUGCUAUAAGUACCUGUCACCCUGGGGCAACUGAGUGGGUUACUGUUAAUUACCAAAACCGAUUGCCUUUUGUUAGUAGUAUUUGGAACAAGAUUGUUUUCUGCAGCGGUCUCUUUUACUGUUUAAGCCUCACAGGCUGGCUGGGGGUUUUCGACCCAGUGGAGCGGACCUGGAAUGUUCUUGUUGUGCCUCCACCUAAGUGUCCUGAAAACUUUUUUGCUAAAAAUUGGUGGAAGGGAAAAUUUAUGUCAGAGCAUAAUGGAGAUAUUUUAGUUAUUUAUACAUGUUGUAGUGAAAACCCAAUUAUUUUUAAGUUGAACAAGUCAAACAUGACAUGGGAAGAGAUGAAGACCCUUGAUGGUGUGACACUAUUUGCCAGCUUCUUAUCAUCUCAUUCAAGAACUGAUCUCCCUGGAAUAAUGAGAAACAGUAUCUACUUCUCCAAAGUUCGUUUCUUUGGAAAGCGUUGCAUAUCAUACUCUCUUGAUGAUUGUAGAUACUAUCCUCGUAAGCAGUGUCAUGACUGGGGAGAGCAAGAUCCUUUUGAAAAUAUCUGGAUUGAACCACCGGAAGAUCUCUCAACUUUCGUCUGAGAAAGUUGGAGUAUGUUGGAGUUAAGGAUGUAAGGUAUUUUUGAGAGUCCAAUGCUUGUAUCUAAGCGGAGUAAUUGAUUAACAGGAGUCCUUAUGAAGCAUGCAUGAAGCAGCAAAGAUUCAGUGUACAUGCAGUAUUAACAGUUUCAUUGGGAAAUGGGGAGUAAAAAAUUUGUACCUUUAGGAUAACAAUAUAGUCCAGACAACUAAAGUAUAUCCUUGGAGGAUCUGAAAUUUAAGAUCCCUUUUGUAUGAUUCUUAGUACAUUCUUAGCUGCAAGUUACAUGUUCCAAAUAUGUUUAUGAUAUAGAUACAGUUUUAUCAGUUAUAGAUUCUGUUCAGUUCUGUCUA